CGUAUAUAUUACAUACGUACACAUACGGUUGCCAAUAUCGUCCACAUUCUUUACCUCCCUCUUAGCUCUCCUUUUUGAUAUCUCUUCUGGUUGACAUUGAACACUUAUACCUCACUUCCGCAAGAUGUCGUACCCUACCGAGCGCCCUGCCGGGAAAGAGCAUAUUCCCCUUUACACCAAGGGAUUUGUUGCUGUUCGCAUUAUCCAGUUGAUUCUAGGGACAAUCUGCCUAGGCUUGUCGGCGUAUUUGACAGCCGUCGUUCCCAUAAUUGGUGGGAUUCUAAUGCUGUUUACUUCUAUUGUUGGCUUUAUAACCAGCAUCUACUGCCUUGUCGCUCAUUUUGGCCCCCCCAAUGCGUAUAAUUACUGGGCCAUCCUCGGCUUAGAUAUAUUCCACGUUAUCUUCUGGCUCGUCUCCUUUGGCCUCCUCGCUGCUCAAGCUGCUUUAUUGCUUGCCUACACCUACUACGACUACUACUAUGAUUAUUACUAUACUGCCUAUGCUGCAUACGGUGCGAUCGCCGCAGCUGCCGCAGCCCUUGGUGCUUUCAACUGGGUUGUCUAUCUUGCUGCUCUGAUAUGCCAUAGCAUUGCUCUUCAUCGCCACCGAAAAGCUGGCCUUCAUGCUAUGCCGGGCCGUACGACUGGUGCGGCGCCCGUAGUUGCGUCUGAACUCCCAAUGCAACCACAACAACCUCAGGCAUAUUAUCCCAAGCAAGCGGAAGCCGUGUCAUACCAGCAACAGCCCCCUCAACAAUUCCAGCAACAAGUACCUCAGCCCUAUCAACAGCCCCCGCAGUAAAUAAUAAGUUUCAAAAUUAUCGGAAGGGAGGCUACUAAGGUGUGCUGUUUUCUCCCUAAUGGAUGCAUAAGAGCCCAAUAUUCGAUCUGAGACAGUUAUAAGACACAAUUGUCUAAUGCGGUCUAAACUGUAAGAUUAAAGCUGGGCUGCGCUGUGGGAUUUAGCUUAUGACACAGAAAGGGUACGGUUUUGAUGACAAGGAGGUGCAGGAUGCAGUAGAGGGUUUAUAAUAUAAUACUCUUCUUUUUCUUACUUUCUCCCCGUUGACCAAUCUAGAUAAUUCCGGUGAAGAAUUUGCGGUCCUUGAGUUUGCGAUAACAUGUGGGCUUUGUCUAGUCUUGCUGGAUCCUUCGAAUGGUUCUAAAGAGAAACACAGUCCGAAAACGGUAGCAUGGCACGGAAACGUCCGAUAGCAGGCAGCUAUAGCAUCGAUGAUCUUAGGUGUGUAUUCUUAACUUCUUUGUCUGAUACGUCUUUGUUAAUGGUCGCGAUCUCGUUCAAUAGCGUGCCUUAUCAAUAAACCUGCCUGAUAGUUCCUUGUAGCAAGUCUUCUU